AUGUCGCAGUCGCCGCCGUUGACCGGCCUUCGCGUCCUUGAAUUCGCAGGCUUGGCCCCAGGACCUUUCGCUGGAAUACUCUUGGCCGAUUGGGGUGCUCAUGUUCUCCGAAUAGACCGUGCAGCUCGUGGAGCUCAUACCGACAAGCCUCCACCACCAACUGUAGAUCUUCUCACGCGUCAUAAAUCAUCCAUUGCGGUAGACAUCAAAUCGGCAGCGGGCAUCUCUCUCAUCUUAUCAUUGAUACCAAAUGUGGACAUCCUAAUCGAUCCUUUUAGGCCAGGCGUCCUGGAGAAAGCUGGACUCUCGCCUGAGAAAGUGCUGUUAAGACUCAAUCCUAGACUCAUCGUUGCACGUAUGACCGGCUUCCGUAGAGAUGGAAAGUACGCCUCUAUGGCUGGCCACGAUAUCAAUUACGUUGCUGUAUCUGGCGUCUUGUCUCAGCUCGGUAGAAAGGGCGACACACCAUAUCCGCCAGCCAAUUUGCUUGGUGACUUCGGUGGCGGUGGACUUGUAUGCUUUUUGGGUAUUGUGAUGGCCCUCUUGCAAAGACAAAAGACCGGGAUGGGUCAAGUCGUAGAAGCUAACAUGGUGGAUGGGGCCGCGUAUUUGGGCGUUAUGCCGAGGUUUGCCAGAAAGACGCCGAUGUGGGAUCAACCUAGGGGUGAGAACGUAUUGGACGGAGGAUGUCCUUAUUACGACACGUAUGAGUGCAAAGACGGAGGUUAUAUGGCUGUAGGAGCGUUGGAGCCACAAUUCUUCGCUCGGCUCAUAAGAGGGCUGGAAAUUCAGACAUCCGAUCUAACAGGUGCCAGAGAAGACCGCAGAACGUGGCCGGCUUUGCGGAACCUCUUCGUAAAGACCUUCAAGUCGAGAACGCGACCAGAGUGGGAGCAGGUUUUCGAUGACACUGACGCUUGUUGUACACCUGUGCUCACGCAGGAUGAACUCGAGAACGGCGGGUACGAUCAAAGGCCCAUUGUGACCUUGAAAGACUCGCCGGCCAAGGCCAUUUCAGAAGGGGAAGCAGACACGAGACCGGCUCAUGGGGGACAAGGCAUCGGUGUCGAUGGCGAUGGCUGGCAGAGUAAAGGCCUCAAGCCAGGCGUUGGCGGUGAAGAUGUGUUGGCUAGAUGGAUGGGUUGGCGAAGAGGAAGACAAUACGAUCUUGUUGACGGCGGGCUUGUACGGCUCGGCGCAGGGUCUAAAUUAUGA